AUGCUUCAGAACACACCAGUCUGUCUGUUUAACUCAACUAUUUUAGAGAAAAAAAAAAAAAUAAAAAACAGAUUUAUAAUGUCUAAUAAUAUUAUCACAGGUAUAAAACAUGAUAUUAUAGAAAAAUAUCAUUUGAAUUCAUUGAAAAAGCAUAAUUAUAAAAUGUUAUUAACUAACAAUGAGGGAAUUACAAGGAUAUCUAACAACUCUGAUCAAUCACGUAAUUUAUUCAGUGACAAUUCAAAAUUAUUAUUAGAUUCCACUGUAACAAAUGAUUAUUAUAGAAUAUGUAAUCAGUGUGGAAAGCCAAUAUUAUUAAGUGUUAUGAUGGAACAUUUAAAUAAUCAUUGUGAAGAAACUCUUUCUUCUCCUUCUUUUUCAUCUUCUACUACUACUGAGAGUGGCAAUAAUGAGGAAAUAAUAGGUAUAAAAAGACGUUUAUCAACUAGUGAUAUAGAUGAUGAUGAUAAUGAUACUAAUUCAAGAGAUUACGAUGAGAAUAAUAAUCAUCAUAAAAGAUCAAGAGCUAUGACAAGUAAAAAGAGACCACCACCUUCUAUUAAAGAUGAUGACGAGGAGGAAGAAGAGGAUAAUGCAAAGAACAAUAAAAAAGAGAAUGGUGAUGAUGAAGAUGAGGAUGUUGAUGAAGGUGACGACGAUGAAGAAGAUGCUGAUAUCGAUACUAACACAAGACUAUCAUCUAAGACAACUUGGGGAACUUCCAACACAGGUACACCUAUUCCAUCAGAUCUUAAAAAAGCAGGAAAUACAUCGGAUGAUUCAAAUGAUUCGACAUCAUCUUUAAAGAAAAAUAGUAAUUCUGAUAGUAAUAAUAUCACAUCUAAACCUAUUAAAAAAAAUACUAAAGUCAAAAAGGAGAGGAGAAUUAAACAAAGAAACCCCACCGAGAAACAUUUAAUUGAUUUUGAUAAACAGUGUGGUGUUGAAUUGCCUGAAGGAGGCUAUUGUGCUAGAUCAUUAACUUGUAAAUCACAUUCAAUGGGAUCUAAAAGAUCUGUUGAAGGCCGUUCUAAGCCUUUUGACGAAUUAUUAGCAGAUUAUCAUAGAGAACAUCAAACCAAGAUUGGUGCAGCCAAUGAAAGAAGAGCCAAACAACAAGAAUUACAAAGAUUACAAAGACAAAUGAUUAAGGAACAAAAGGAACAAAAAAGAUUAUUACAAAAAACUCAAAAUCAAGCAAAGCGUGCAAAUUCUAAUCCAAAACAAUCUAGAAGUGGAUCUAAAUCGAACAAUGAGAGAUAUAAUAGUAUUAACGGCAGUAAUAAGAAUAAUGUAUCUGUAAGUAACGGAAAUAAUAACAAUAAUAAUUCUAGAACAUCACAAAAUGGUUCAACUUCAAAACAAAUUAGCAGUAAUGGCAAUAUUACAAACGAUCAAACAUCUAUGAUAACAUCUGAGGAAGAAACUACACAUGUACUAAAUGGUAUAUCGAGAUCUUUUCCAUUACCAUUAGAAUCCACGGUUUUGUCCACAACAAGGUUUAGAACAAAAUAUUUCAGAAUGAGAGAAAUGUUUGCUUCCUCGUUUAAUGUAAAAUCUAAUUACACAUCGCCCGGUUAUGGCGCUAUUCACUCUAGGGUUGGUUGUUUAGAUAUUGAUAGAACUACUGAUUAUAAAUUUAGAAUAAGAACGCCUCAAUUACAAUUACAAAAUAAUAUAAUGAAUAAUAAUGGAAAUAAUAUAAACAAUAAUAUUCAAUUCAAUGGCAGUAAUAUUGUUAAUGGUAAUAUUAAUGUGUCCAAUUUAACUCCAAAACAAUUACAGAAAUUACAACUACAACAACAAAAAUUGUUACAACUACAAAGACAGCGAAUGCUCUUACAGCAAAGUAGAGCACAACAGCAGCAACAAAGUUCUCCAGUAGCUACUUCUAAUCAGGCUAAUAGUUUUACACCACAAGAUAUUCAAGUUCGACAACAAACAUUGAGGAAACAACAACUACAACAUCAAAAAUUUGAAGCAACAUCAUCUUUGCUUCCUAAUAAAUCAAUACAAUCUCCUAAAGGAUUUUCCAAUGUAGGCAUUCAGGUAACUAGCAGUGGAACACCAGUGAAUUUACCAGCAACUAUAAAUUCACCAAUAAAUACUAAUCUACAAACUAAUUCUCCAGUCAAUAUCGGAAAUUCCCCCAGUAAUAAAGAUAAUACAGAGAAUGGAAGUGCAGGUAAUGGAAUUUAG